GGAGUGUACUUAAAAAACGCUCCUCAAACAAAGUAUAAGUGCAUAGGGUUCCUUAACCUCCAUUAAGAACCCUGUCAAAGCAACCUCAUAGCCAGCAACAUGGUUGAGUGGACAGACUUUGAGCGCGCCACAAUCCAAAGCAUCUUCUCAAAGAUGGACUACGAUGACGUGGGCCCCGCGGCUCUUUCCAGGUGUCUGGUCGUGUACCCCUGGACCCAGAGGUAUUUCGGUAACUUCGGAAACCUAUACAACGCCGCUGCCAUCCAGGGAAACCCAAUGGUCGCCGCUCACGGAAAGACGGUCCUGCGCGGACUGGACCGGGCUGUCAAGAACAUGGAUGACAUCAAGGCCACCUACGCAGAGUUGAGCGUGCUGCACUCCGAGAAAUUGCGCGUGGAUCCAGACAACUUCCGGCUGCUGGCUGACUGCCUUACUAUUGUCGUUGCUGCGAGAAUGGGUGCUGACUUCACCGCUGAUGUCCAGGGCGCAUUCCAGAAGUUCCUGGCCGUCGUUGUGAGUUCCCUGGGCAGGCAGUACCACUAGAGCCCCUCCACUCCGAGACGGACGACCACCAGAGUACCAACAAGCGCUGAUCAUUUGUUUAGAGGCACAUGGUUUUCCUUCUACUAAAGCAAAUAAAAACAGCAAAAUAAUA